CAUUACCCACAAGCUCUCCUACGAAAACGAAGAGCCUCGGAGAGACAUCGAGCGAAUUUGUGGGGUUUAGGAUAAAGGAGCUUCUAGCAAUAGAAUGUCUCUCUCGAUUCCUAUAUCUUCGCCCCAUCACAUUUCCAGCUUCCACCACUCUCCAAUCCCGCCUUUCUCGUUAUACCCUUCUUUUCUGUAUUAUUAUCCUCCACAAUUCCCACAUGGCCAUGGUACCAGCUUCGUUAUUUGCCAUUACAGAGUCAGUGAAAAAUCAAAACUUGCUUCUAAAGCUUCCAUGAAUAUUAAACGGGGUGGAUUUUGUAGGCGUUCUUCUUUUUCCACAUCUGGAGGUGGAGAAUGUGAUAAUGGGAAUGAAGGGGAAGAUGAAGAAGAUGAUGAUGAAGAGAGGGGCAGUGGCGAGGAUGAAGAAGAGAGGGCUUUUGGGUCCUUUCUUUUGCCUGAAAGAUGGGAUGUCGUGGGUCUUGGUCAAGCCAUGGUAGACUUUUCUGGGACAGUUGAUGAUGAGUUCCUGAAGAAAUUGGGGUUGGAGAAGGGAACAAGGAAGGUAGUGAACCAUGAGGAGAGGGGUAAAAUUUUGCAGGCUAUGGAUGGUUGCAGCUACAAAGCUGCUGCAGGUGGUUCUCUAUCUAAUAGCUUAGUUGCCUUGGCAAGGCUUGGCAGUCGCUCCAUUGGAGGUCCUGUUAUAAAUGUGGCAAUGGCAGGCAGUGUAGGGAAUGAUCCAUUGGGUGGCUUCUACAGGGAAAAGUUACGUCGAGCAAAUGUGCAGUUUCUUUCUGCACCUAUCACAGGUGGGACAACUGGAACAGUCAUAGUUCUCACAACUCCCGAUGCACAGCGCACAAUGCUGGCAUAUCAGGGAACAUCUUCAACGAUUAAUUAUGACGCUACCUUGGCUAACAUAAUUCCCAAGACCAACAUACUUGUAGUUGAAGGGUACCUAUUUGAACUUACCGAUACUAUCAGAACGAUAACAAAGGCAUGUGAGGAAGCUCACAGGAGCGGUGCCUUGGUUGCAAUAACAGCUUCAGAUAUAUCUUGUAUCGAGAGACACUUCGACGAAUUCUGGGAAAUCAUAGAGAACUAUGCAGAUAUCAUCUUUGCGAACAGCGAUGAAGCUCGAGUGCUCUGCAAUUUUGAUGCAAAUGAGAGCGCUGCUUCGGCUACAAGGUGCUUGAGCUUCUUUGUUCCCCUAGUAUCAGUCACAGAUGGCCAUAGAGGCUCUUACAUAGGUAUGAAAGGAGAAACAGUAUAUAUCCCUCCUUCUCCAUGCAUUCCAGUAGACACUUGUGGUGCAGGAGAUGCAUAUGCUUCUGGCAUCAUGUAUGGUGUUCUGAGAGGAAUAUCAGAUGUGAAAAGAAUAGGAAAAAUAGCAGCAAAUGUUGCAGCCACUGUUGUUGGGCAACAAGGAACAAGGCUUGGGGUUUCAGAUGCAGUCAAGUUGGCUGAAUCUGUUGCAUAUCAACUUGAAACUAAUGGUCUCCCAUCAGAUAUGGGUACUGAUCAUAUUUCCAGCUUCUAGGUGACAUGGUGGUAGCUCACCAUUCGAGUUCAUAUCAUCAGAUUCCUUCUCUAAUUCCAUUCCCUUUGUUCCAUAGAAUUUCGAUCCAUGUAUAUAUAUUGUUGUAAAAAAUUGCUGAGCCCUUUUGUACAUUUUUAAUUUAUAUACUAUUAUAUAAUUUUUUAGAUGAAUACAUUGUUGCAGUGUUA